CAAUUUUCGUGUCUUGUAGACAGACUCUUCGAGCCUCUAAAGUGAAUAAAUUUUAAUGACUAUAUUGACAUAUUAUUGUUUUGGCACUAUAUUUUUUAAACGAAAAAUGUAACAAUUUCAAAAUAUGGACAGUGGAUCCGAUAAUCCCCUUUCAGAAGACGCCGUUUCGACUGGAGAGAAUUCAGAAAAAUCGAACGAAGGACAAGGCAUUUCCGCGCCUGCCAUCGAACCGGAAACUCGCCUGCAAGACGAACAAUGUUGUUCGCAGGACGAGCGCAAAGAAAAGAAAAAAACCGUCAAGCAAAUCCUGGACGAAGUCCUGAACUGCACGGUCAUAAACGUCCCGCCCGAAGCCGAAUCCAGCGAAAAUGUGGCGGAAAAGGCCAACAAGGUAUUAACCGUCAAGGAAAUCUUAGGCGAAAUCUUGCAAUACAACGUUUGCAACCGCUUCGAUGCCACCACCAGAUUCUCGAAUCCCUUUAACAUACCCCCUUACGCCGCCAGCACGUCCGCGGAUCCGGUAGCUCGAUCGGACCUGGACGUGACUUUGGCGAGAGAAGCUCCCAUCUAUCGGCCGUUUCAAAUUUACUCGUCCAGCACACUGCACGAUCCCAGCGUUAAAACCGAAUCGAUUCUCCCUACGACCGUUGAUAGAUUGCUCCCCUCGUAUUCCUCCGUUCUAAGGCAAGGUCCUCCCCCGAAAGUGAAAUCCGUGGAUUCCUUCGUUCCGAAACGACCCCCGCCCUCUUAUGCUGAGGUGGAAGGCAUUUGGGACGACGUUCCCAGCGCGGUUUCCUCCGAUUCGGUGCUGUUCGGACCGGAUCCGCUGUACCUCAUCUGCCCGGUUUGCAGGAUAAUCGUCAUGACGCAGAUAGAAAGGGAAAGGAGCGCCAUCACGCACUGGAUCGCUUUGAUACUCUGCCUCUUCCUGUGCUGGCCCUGCUGUUUGUUACCCUAUUACAUGAAAUCUUGUAGUUACACCUAUCACAGUUGCCCGAAUUGCGGGCACUACUUCGGUAUGUACAAUCCGUUUUAGAAGAAAAUGUACUAGUUUUAUGCGUAUCUUUAUGUAGGAAAUAA